UCUGCCCUCGCUAAUUACCGGAGAAACUAACCCGGCUCCCGCCCCGGCCUCGCCCGCCCGCCGCAGCCCGUUCCAGUUUCUCCCUCCUCUCCCCCGCGGCGGCCCGGGUGCUGCCUGUCCCUCCGCGGGAUGGACAUGAUGGACGGCUGCCAGUUCUCACCUUCUCAGUACUUUUACGACGGCUCCUGCAUCCCGUCCCCCGAGGGUGAGUUUGGGGACGAGUUUGAGCCCCGAGUGGCCGCCUUCGGGGUGCACAAAGCGGAGCUGCAGGGCUCGGAUGAGGACGAGCACGUGCGAGCGCCCACAGGCCACCACCAGGCCGGCCACUGCCUCAUGUGGGCCUGCAAGGCGUGUAAGAGGAAGUCCACCACGAUAGACAGGCGGAAGGCGGCCACCAUGCGCGAGCGGAGACGCCUGAAGAAGGUCAACCAGGCUUUCGAGACGCUCAAGAGGUGCACCACGACCAACCCUAACCAGAGGCUCCCCAAGGUGGAGAUCCUCAGGAACGCCAUCCGCUACAUCGAGAGCCUGCAGGAGCUGCUGCGGGAGCAGGUGGAGAACUACUACAGCCUGCCGGGCCAAAGCUGCUCAGAGCCCACCAGCCCCACCUCCAACUGCUCCGACGGCAUGCCUGAAUGCAAUAGUCCCAUCUGGUCCAGAAAGAACAGCAGUUUUGACAGCGUCUACUGUCCUGAUGUAUCAAAUGUAUACGCCACAGACAAAAGCUCCCUAUCCAGUUUGGAUUGCUUGUCCAGCAUAGUGGAUCGCAUCACCUCUUCAGAGCAUCCAGGGCUGCCUCUCCAGGAGCCAGCCUCCCUCUCUCCAGUCACCAGCACGGAUCCACAGCCUGUAACUCCAGGAGCCUCCAGUACCAGGCUUGUGUAUCAUGUGCUAUGAACUAAUGUCCAGCCUAGAUCACUUCUGCCAGGAAGGCCUUCUACAAGGAGAAAGGAGGCCCGAUGUGCAGACAACCUGUAAAUAACAGUCCUUUUUCAUUGUAAAUUUGUAAAUACUACCUUGCCACUUUAUAAGAAAGUAUAUUUAACUAAAAGUCACUGUUACAAUUAAUACUUUCUCUUCUGUCUCCUCCUUUUCAUUUCUUUAUCUUCAUC